AUGAGUUUCCAACCGCUCAACCCCCGCCCAUUCCUCCAGGCCCGCGUCAGCACUGAAGUCCUCAUCCGCCUGAAGUGGGGCCAAACCGAAUACAAGGGAACCCUCGAGAGCAUCGAUUCAUACAUGAACGUGCUGCUGCGCGACACAGAGGAAUUCAUCGAUGGCAAGCACACCGGUGCACUGGGUCUUGUUCUGAUCAGGUGCAACAACAUCCUCUGGAUGGGCUCAGCCGAUAGCGUGGAGAUGACAGAUCUGGAAUUAAAAUAA